CAGAGUCCAAAUGAUUAUCUCCAGGAGUGGAAAUUUCGGAUGAACGAUUAUCUCAGGAUCCUCCAUGAACAAGAGGCUCCACCUGAAGACAAAAAAUGCUGCGUGUGUGGCUCCAAGUCCACUGUGUAUAGGUGCUACAACUGCCUCGGCGACCCGGUAUUUUGUCUGAAGUGCUGCAGAAAUGAGCACUGGAGACUGCCUUUCCAUAAGAUAGCCAAAUGGAAUGGGGGAUUUUUUGAGGAAAUGUCUCUGACCAAGAUAGGUAUGGAAAUUUAUCUUGGGCAUCAGGGAAUGCCUUGUCCAGCACUUGGGGAUAUUCAUGAAUGGGAGGACACCGACGAGCCCAUAUAUCAACUGGCAGAGGACUUCCCUACCAUAGUGGAGCUUCCAUUCUUGAACCGCAAGCAAUGCAUCACAGUUGUUGACAAGUCCAGAGUCUAUUCUAUCAUGAUAAGGUUUUGUCAAUGUCUGAAUGCUUGCACACCUGACAAGCAAUUAUUCAAGAUGGGCAUGUUUCCGGCAUCCUUCACCCGACCCAAGACCGCGUUUACCUUUCUGGUGCUGGAUGGUUUUGCAUUGGACAACUUGGAAUGCGGAACUUCGGCAAUGAAUUACUACAACAAGUUGAGAAGAAUGACGUCAAGUAUAUCUCCGCAUCUAGUCCCGGUACAAUUAAUGAGGGUAGCAUGGCAAUGGCGACAGCUGAAGCUGCUUAAAUGGAAUGGGUUCACUUAUGAGAGCAGACGGCCGACACCCGGGGAGCUUGCCCUCUUUUGCCCGGCUUGCCCGCAGCCCGGCAUUAACACACCACUGCCGGCCGAUAGAAAUCCCCAUGAUCCCAGUUGGCUAUAUGCCCGAUCCCUGGUCAUGGACGGCAACUUCAAAGCAGAGCACCUUUAUCCCACUCAUCCAGAAGACGAAGUCUGGUUGACAGAUGGACAAUGCUUCAUGGUUUCCAAAGACCAAUACAAGGCUCAUCCAGCCGUUGCGAAUGACGUUGUUCAACCUUCCGAGUGCAAUAAUCACCGAGCCAUCAACCAGGCCAAUGUGUCCCGACACAAACUAGAAGCUACUGGGAUAGGCGGGUGCGCGUGCGCCCACCACGGCUGUUUUAUGCCUCAUUCCGUUGUGGAUUUUCAAAAGGGCGAACGGCAAAUGAAUAUGGACUAUGCACUAUGUCACACAUUAAGCCACCACACUGAUGGACUCAGCCAAGCUUUCACAUUUUAUGACAUUAAUUGUCAGUAUAACAAACACUUCUGGCGUCGGGUGAACAAGAGCCUUCAUUUGAGCAUCCCUUCUGGAAUGGAAAUCAUACCGGGCAUUGGCCUCUGGCAUGUUCAUGGACACCAAGACAAAUGCUAUGUCCGGUAUGCAUCAACAUUUAAUACUGGCGCCACUAGGAUUGAUGGCGAAAUCAUGGAGACAUUGUGGGCGCCUCUGAAUAUUAUAUCUCCUGCCGCGAGAGGGAUGUCCACUCCCCAUUGGCAAGAGUGUCUCAAUUACCAGAUGAAUGACUCCAAUUUUAUGAAGAUGAUUCGCAUGAGUGGAUUUCUUUGCCAGAAAUAUAAGGAAGCCAUUAAGGGAGUGGCAGAAAGCGCUGCUGCAUUUGACAAGCUCAACGAAACUGCCGAUCCUAACAUGGUCACAACAUGGCAGGAACAAGACCGAAAUGCUCAUUCAUGUCGAGUUGCCGAUCCAUCUGCGAUGGAUAUAUUUGAGGUGCAGUUAAAGAGGGGUGCUGCUACAUGGAUUGCAUCCGGUAUUACCAUAGAAGAAAUGCAGAUAGCACUAACUAUGGAUAUUCGGAAGCUCAGCAGACACCCUAUGGAGACCCAAACCUUGGACAUUUGCAGACACCGGACAAAGUUGCAAAGUCGGAUAGAUGAAUUCACCAUUGUGGCGGCGACUCAUCUGGGCGAGAGCUUCGACAUUGAUGAGGAAAUUAGAGAUAUCCGCUUGGACUUCAUAGAUGACGAUUCAGAAGAUGAUGGAAUUGAUGGCAGUGAUACCGAAUCUGAACCGGAAGCCCAUGGACAUCAGCUGCGGGAUCUCUUCUACCCUGAGAAGAUCAUGAUCCCUCUGCCGUCUAAUAUCGGCGUAGCACGUUGUGCGGAGCUAGGUGUUGAACACCUCCUUGGUCAAGAAAUUGCACUUCGGGAAGGUCAGGCCAACGACGCCUUGCAAGCGAUCAGAAUGCAUCUAGUGGAUAAGGCUGUGCUCUUUCAUACCGCAGUGCGUCCAGCUAAAUCACAAGCAAAGUCAACGAGGGCAUGGACGCAGGUUCAUUCAGUGGAAAAGGUCAUCCGACUCAACACCAUGAUUUAUAUGAAAUGUCGGGCACAACUUGGACACCUGGAAGCUCAUGGCCUACUUAAUAAGUACCUCCGGAUGGAAAAAUGCCAUCUCAAAACAACUGCUGCCAUGGCAGACCCGAAUGCCCAGGGACAGCGAAAUGCAACUCUCCCGUGGUUCUGGUCUCUAGACAUACAAGGCGAUUCAGUCAGCAGUGAUUGGAUAAAUAAAUGUAUGUAUUUUCAAUCCGAGUAUUUCGAGCCGAGGCUCAAGACACAACAGUUUACAGGGUUCAUUGGCUUCACACGAAAGCAUUACGCAACUGAUGGGCAGAAGAACUCAUACUCGUCGAACACAAAAUGGGUUGGACCCUGGAGUUUUUCCUCUUCAAAGCAAGCAUGUGGUUGA